AUGUCGCAAAAAAUCACUGUUAAGAAUCCCAUCGUUGAGAUGGAUGGAGAUGAGAUGACCAGAAUUAUCUGGCAAUUCAUCAAAGACAAGCUCAUUUUGCCAUACUUGGACAUUGAUUUGAAAUACUAUGACCUUGGAAUCCAGUACAGAGAUGAGACAGAUGACCAAGUCACAAUUGAUGCUGCAAAUGCUGUUUUGAAGUAUGGUGUUGGUGUCAAAUGCGCCACCAUUACUCCAGACGAAGCCAGAGUGGCUGAAUUUGGUUUGAAGAAGAUGUGGUUGUCACCAAAUGGUACUUUGCGUAACAUUUUGGGCGGAACAGUCUUCAGAGAGCCAAUUGUUAUUGACAACAUUCCAAGAAUUGUUCCCACUUGGGAGAAGCCCAUCAUUAUUGGUAGACAUGCUUUUGGAGACCAGUAUAAGGCUACUGAUGUUGUGAUCCCCAAAGCUGGAAACUUGUCUUUGGUUUUUAAGCCACUGGAUGGCUCCCCUGAACAAGUUAUCCCAGUUUACGACUACAAGGGUGCAGGUGUUGCCUUGUCCAUGUAUAACACCGAUGAGUCCAUCACUGAUUUUGCUGAGUCUUCCUUCAGAAUGGCAUUGGAGCGUAAGAUGAACUUGUUCUCCACUACCAAGAACACCAUCUUGAAGAAGUACGAUGGCAGAUUCAAGGACAUUUUUGAAGGUUUGUACGAGAAGAAGUACAAGAAGGAUUUUGAGGCUGCUGGCAUUUGGUUCGAGCACAGAUUGAUCGACGACAUGGUGGCACAAAUGUUGAAGUCCAAAGGCGGUUACAUUAUUGCUAUGAAGAACUACGAUGGUGAUGUGCAAUCAGACAUUGUCGCUCAAGGUUUCGGAUCCUUGGGUCUCAUGACGUCUGUUCUUGUUACCCCAGACGGAAAAGCAUUCGAGGCUGAAGCAGCUCAUGGAACUGUCACAAGACAUUACAGACAACAUCAACAAGGUAAGGAAACCUCUACCAACUCUAUUGCUUCUAUCUUUGCGUGGACCAGAGGCUUAAUCCAAAGAGGUAACUUGGAUGGCACCCCUGAAGUGGUCAAGUUUGGAGAGGACUUGGAGAAAGCUGUCAUUGACACUGUGGCCAUUGACAACAAGAUGACAAAGGAUUUGGCUUUGACUCAAGGUAAAACUGACAGAAGCUCUUAUGUCACCACUGAAGAGUUUAUUGACGCUGUGCAGGAGAGAUUGAACAAGAACUUGGGUCGCUAG